AAUAACAUAUUAUAUCUAUCUUUCUUGUAUCCAUUAUAUAUGUAGGUAUUUCCUAUUCUUUCUUACUCAUUCCUUCUUCCCUUUAUUUCUUUAAGAAGCUUAGCUCCCUUUUGUUUUCUUUCCUACCCUCCAAAACUUACUACAUAAAACGUCUUCCCUUUAUUUGCCUUUGAUUAAGACAACUCCAUACAAUUAUUUUUCUUCUUGGAGGUUUAAUUAGUUCAGCUUCUUGUAGACUUCUUCUUCUACUUCAAUCUUGAACUAUUUGUUUUUUUUAAGAAGCUUACUACAAAAAUGGCAAAUGAAAGUAUAGAAAUGGAAAAAGAGAGGCUAACAGCAGAGAUGGAUUUCAAAGAUUCAUCCUCAGUUGUUAUAAAAAUCCGGCGAAAAUUGCCGGAUUUUUUACAAUCUGUAAAGCUUAAAUAUGUUAAGCUAGGGUAUGGUUAUUCAUGCAACCCUGCCACUCUUCUUCUCCUCGUUACCGUUUUGCCUAUGGUUACCCUCACUCUUUUUCAGCUCACCGGUCUAAAGUUAGACCGGUUUUCUGAUAUAUGGACAAGUCCAACUUUACUUGUUGACACUUCGAUCGGUCUUGCCGGUUCAAUAGUGCUCUUUUUCUUUUUAGGUAUUUACUAUGUCAAGAAACCUAGACCGGUUUAUUUGGUUGAUUUUGCUUGUUACAAACCUGAAGAUGAACGAAAAAUGUCCGUGGAUUCGUUCUUGAAGAUGACGGAAGAGAACGGUGCAUUUACUGACGAGACUAUAGUAUUUCAAAAAAGAAUAUCUGAACGUUCUGGUUUAGGUGACGAGACUUAUUUUCCUAGAGGGAUCACAUCCAACCCACCAAACCUGUGCAUGAAAGAGGCACGAGCGGAGGCCGAGGCAGUUAUGUUUGGUGCAUUGGACCAACUUUUUGCCAAAACCAAAGUCAAGCCAGAGGAAAUUGGAAUUCUUAUAGUGAAUUGUAGCUUGUUUAAUCCAACACCAUCUCUCUCCUCAAUGAUUGUCAACCAUUACAAGCUCAAAACUGAUAUCAAGAGUUACAACUUAGGUGGCAUGGGCUGUAGUGCUGGCCUAAUUUCAAUUGACUUAGUCAAACAUCUAUUAAAAGCAAAUCCAAACACAUACGCAGUUGUUGUUAGCAUGGAGAACAUUACAUUAAAUUGGUACUUUGGAAAUGAUAGGUCAAUGUUGCUAUGCAAUUGUAUAUUUCGUAUGGGAGGAGCAGCUAUGCUUUUGUCUAACAAGUCAAAAGACCGAACCCGGUCUAAGUACGAGCUGGUCCACACGGUUCGAACCCAUAAAGGAGCUGAUGACAAUAGCUAUAAUUGUGUGUACCAAAGAGAAGAUGACAAGGGAGUGAUAGGUGUGUCAUUGGCUCGUGAACUUAUGGCAGUAGCUGGGGAUGCUCUAAAAACAAACAUCACUACGUUAGGCCCAUUGGUGUUACCGCUUUCGGAGCAAUUCAGGUUCUUCGUAACAUUGGUCAAGAGGAAGAUGCUAAAAGCAAAAGUGAAGCCCUACAUACCAGAUUUCAAGCUCGCAUUUGAGCAUUUCUGCAUACACGCAGGAGGGAGAGCAGUUUUAGAUGAAAUACAAAACAACCUAAACCUAAGUGAUUGGCACAUGGAACCAUCAAGAAUGACACUACACAGGUUUGGAAACACUUCAAGCAGCUCAUUAUGGUAUGAGUUAGCCUAUUCAGAAGCAAAAGGAAGAGUUAGCAAAGGGGAUAGAGUUUGGCAAAUUGCAUUUGGUUCUGGUUUCAAAUGUAACAGUGCCGUGUGGAAAUCUCUAAGAGAAAUUGAUUGUAAUGAUGUCAAUCGAAAUGGUAACCCUUGGGCUGACUGCAUUCAACGUUACCCUGUGAAAGUUGCCCUUGCCAAGACAUAGAAGCGUAUAGUAGACGGAGUCAGAAUUUGAAGUUUAUAUGUUUUAAAUUUGCUAUCGAACCCAUAGCUCGUCUUAAUUAGCUAUUGGGUAUACAAUUAAAUAUUUAUAUAUAUUUAGUGAAUUUUUUAAUAUGAAAAUUACUGAUUUCUUCCGUAACCAUACCUAAUGAUCUAGCUCCGCCUCUAUGGAGACAUAGACUAUAUGUCAAUAUUUGGUGAGUGAAAAAUGGGAUGCUGGCAUAAUUAAUUGAUUGUGGUUAGUAAAGAAGAAUCAUUCUUGUUCACGCAAGUCUAGUUUCAACUUUUAGGUGGGCAGCUUGCCUCAUUGAUUAUGGUUCAAGAAAUACAACUACUAUUUAUGAGUU